CUGGCAAGUUUAAGGAAAAAAGGGAAUGCUUAUACACUGUUGGUGGGAAUGUAAGUUAGUUCAGCCACUGUGGAAAGCAGUUUGGAGAUUUCUCAAAGAACAUAAAACAGAACUAACAUUCAACCCAGCAAUCCCAUUACUGAAUAUGUAUCCAAAAGAAAACAAAUCAUUCCACCAAAAAGACAUAUGCACUUGUAUGUUUAUUGCAACACUUCACAAUAGCAAAGACAUGGGAUCAACCUAGGUGCCCAUCAACAGUGGACUGGAUAAAAAUGUGGUACAUAUAGACCAUGGAAUACUAUGCAGCCACAAAAGAAUGAAAUUAUGCUCUUUGAGGGAAAAUGGCUAGAGCUGGAAUCCACUAAGUGAACUAAUGUAGUAACAGAAAACAAAUGCCUCAUGUUCUUAUAACUAGAAGCUAAACUCUGAGUACCCAUGGACAUGAAGAUGGUGACAGUAGACACUAGGGACUGCUAGGAGAGGGAGGGAAGAAGGAAAAGGCUGAAAAACUGCUGAGUACUAUGUUCAGUACCUGGGUGUUGGGAUCAUUCAUACCCCAAACCUCAGCACCACACAAUUUACCCAGGUAACAAACCCGUACAUGUACACCCUGAAUCUAACGUAAAAGUUGAAAAAGAAAAAACAGAAUGGAAUCUCUGCUUGUUCUCAACAUAUCAGUUGUGCCUCUCUUCAAUUUGAAACUCUCACUAUUGGCUAUAUUUGGGGGUGCCCUAUUUCCCAUCUCAUAACUUAUUUUAAGAAGCACAGCAUAAUAAUGUGUGAGCUUGGGAUUCAGUUUUUGAAAUAAAACACUGAGCCUUCAGUGACCUUCCUGUACAUGUAAAAGCACACCUGUCUGCAUGGCAGCAGUUGGACCUCACAAUGUGGAUUAUACCUUCACCCUGGAAUGUUUAUGAUGCCCUAUCACCAUGGUGAUGGGAUUAGGGAUCUCCUGCCCUCAGUCCUAAGUGCCACUGUCUGUGCUGAGUUUUUCAAAGGCCAGAGCAGAUUGAACCUUUGUGGUUUCAUUUUCCCUGAUUUUGAUUUUUCUUAUGGGGGACCUGUGUUCCUGCAUUCGAGAUGACUUUGAGUUUCCAGUGGAUCAUGAGAUUGUAGACGCACCUCAGCCUGCUAUCAAAGCUCCCUGUGGGGACGCUGUACAAGACUUCGCUAAUGAGGAUGCUGUAGAAGACAUCUCUAAUGAGGCUGCUGUACAUGACAUCUCUAAAGAGGAUGCUGUAGAAGACAACUCUAAUCCGGACACUGUAGAAGACAUUUCUAAUGAGAAUGCUGUAUACGACAUCGCUAAUGAGGACACUGUACAAGACAUCUGUAAAAAAGAAGAUGCUGCCAGUGAGCCGUUGACGCUGGAGAAUGCUUGCUCAUUGGACAGGAUAGACUGGGCAUCCAGGCCUCAAGAAAAAAAACACUGGCUCGUGUGGGUUGGGAAGGUGAAAUACCAGAAGUACUUCAUCUGGUUAUUUCUACCUAUGCGAAUCCUAUAG